AAAAAAUGUGGGGUGGAAAAGAAAGAUCAGUAGCUGCAGCUAUGGUGAUGAUGAUGAGCUUCACAGUGAUGCUAAUCACUUUGGCAUUUCAAGAUGAUCUGCUUGAUGAAGCCAAUCGGUAUAAGCAAGAUGGGGCAUCUAUGGUUCCAAAAGGUUGUCCAAAUAAGUGCGGCAACGUUAGCAUCUAUUAUCCCUUCGGAAUUGGGCCUAACAAAAGUUGCUAUUUGAACGAAUGGUUCCACAUAAAUUGCACCUCCUCCUUCUCCCAUGGUGUCCACAAGCCCUACUUGAGGGUCUUUACUGUUGGUGGCGAAGGAGAGAUUCUGGGCAUUUCCUUAGAAAGUCAAACAAUAACUAUACAACAGUCAAUCUCUCCUUUCAUCCGCGGGUUUGGGGGAAACAAUAAUAAUUCAUUAUCCAUAAUUGGGGGUAAAGCAAAUUUAUCUCCAACCCCAUUCUUCUACUCUGGACUCUACAACAAGUUCAUGCUUUUCGGUUGUGGCAAUGCUCUCCUCACUUCUGAUUGGCCUGAUCAAAGUGAUCUAGGCGGUUGCACUUCGUGGUGUGAUGGCAAAACCACGCAAAUUAAACAACCUUGCAACGGCAAAAACUGUUGCGAAGCUCAUUUACUCGACGAUGUAAAAAUGUACCAACUCAACUUCACUAACUUGUUUGCAAAUGCCAGCAACUAUGCCUUCAUUGUUGAUCAAGAUUGGUUCGCUAAAAGCUCACCAGGCAGCUGGCAGAAAGAGGUAGUUGUUCCGGUGGUGUGGCGGUGGAGCAUCCUAGACGACUACUUGCACUUGCUUCCAUCCUCCUCGUACACCUGCGACAAUUUCAGUUAUGCAAGUACUACCUAUUGGAAUUGUUACUGCAUAUAUCCCAAAAAAGGGAACCCUUACUUAGCAAAUGGAUGUCAAGAUGAUGAUGAUGAUGUCAAGCAACAAUCAAUUAUUAUUGGUGUUAGUGCAAGUUGUGGAUUUUUGCUAUUAUUGUUGGCUUGCUUUAUCCUCUAUAAGGCCAUCAAGAAGAGAAAGAUGAAGAAAAUGAGGCACAAGUUCUUCAAGCGUAAUGGAGGUCUCCUAUUACAGCAACAACUCUUAGCCAAAGAAGGGACCAUAGAGAAGACAAAGAUUUUUACAGCAAGUGAGUUGGAUAAGGCCACAGAUCACUUCAACGCCAAUAGAAUAUUAGGUCGAGGUGGGCAAGGCACAGUAUACAAAGGAAUGUUAAUUGAUGGGCAAAUCGUUGCAGUUAAAAAAUCGCAGGCAGUACACAAGAACCAAUUGGAGUCAUUCAUCAAUGAGGUUGUCAUUCUUUCCCAAAUCAAUCAUAGAAAUGUCGUGAAAUUACUAGGGUGCUGUUUGGAGACGGAAGUUCCCAUUUUGGUUUAUGAAUUUAUACAAAAUGGAACGCUUUUCAGCCUUAUUCAUAACAAUUUUGGGGAUGAUAAGCUCAUUCCUCUUUCGUGGGAUAUUCGUCUCAGGAUUGCAUCAGAGACUGCUAAUGCAUUGGCUUAUCUCCAUUCAGCAACAUCAAUUCCUAUUUACCAUAGAGACAUCAAGUCGAGUAACAUCCUUUUGGAUGAGAAAUUUCGAGCUAAGGUUUCAGAUUUUGGAACAUCGAGCUCCAUUUCAAUUGACCAAACUCACUUGACUACCGUAGUGAAGGGGACAUUUGGCUAUUUGGAUCCCGAGUAUUUCCGGUCAAGUCAAUUCACGGAUAAGAGUGAUGUUUAUAGCUUCGGAGUUGUCCUUGUUGAACUCCUCACCGGACAAAAGCCAAUUUCCUUUGAAGUUAAUGAUGAUGAGGAUCGAAGCUUGGUAACACGUUUUCUAUUGUCCAUGGAAGAAAAUCGUAUCAUGGAGAUUCUUGACAAGGAAGUUUUAAAGAAAGGUAAAAAGGAAGAUGUUAUGACAAUUGCUUGGCUUGCACAGCGUUGCUUGAAUUUAAAUGGGAAGAAAAGGCCUAACAUGAAAGAAGUGGUCAUAGAGUUGGACACCAUUAUAGCAUCUCAGCCUUGUCUCCCAUUAGUAGAAACAUUGAAAAUUGAGUAAGACGUGCUAUCAUAAUUAUUUUUCCUUAGUUUAAUGUA